GUGGUAAUGUGAUCAUCAGGGAUAUUGGAGAGUAGUGGUGGGCGUAGACGUAGGGCGGUGCUGCAACGACGCGAGUAUAUAAGGCUGGGGUGAAGACGGGAUGGAGAUCAUAUCGCACCUCGAAGCAUACAUCUGUUCGCCUUCAACAUGCUGUUCUCAAACGUCUUUCUACCCACGGCGCUACUCGCAGCCCAAGCCGCAGCCCACGGCGCCGUCACCAGCUAUGUCAUCGACGGAGUGACCUACCCUGGAUAUGAAGGCUUCUCGCCUUCCUCCUCACCCAAGACCAUCCAACGCCAAUGGCCCGACUACAACCCCACCAUGAGUGUCAACGACAAGAAAGUCAUGUGCAAUGGCGGUACCUCAGCCGACCUCUCCGCCAAGGUAGCAGCCGGCGGAAAGAUCCGCGCAAACUGGAAGCAAUGGACCCACGAGCAAGGCCCGGUUAUGGUCUGGAUGUACAAGUGCGCUGGCGACUUUAAGAGCUGUGACGGUUCUGGAAAGAAAUGGUUCAAGAUUGAUCAAGAAGGCAUGACCGCACCUCCCCUCUCCGGACGCAGCUGGGGCACUGCCAAGGUGCUCAAGAACUUGUACUGGGAGUCCAAGGUCCCCGCAUCUCUCGCACCAGGCAACUACCUCGUUCGUCACGAGCUGCUUGCUCUUCACCAGGCCAAUUCCCCUCAGUUUUAUGCUGAGUGCGCACAAAUCGAAGUCACUGGUUCGGGUAGUGCUUCUCCGAGUGGUGAUUACUUGGCAAACAUCCCGGGAUACGCGGCGCAGAGUGAUCCGGGGAUUAUGGUUGAUACGUAUGGUAGCAAGGCUACUACGUAUACUUGCCCGGGACCUAAGGUGUGGUCUGGAUAGGUUGUAGGUAGAACGUGUGAGUUGUAAGGAAGGGAAAGGUGGACGGUGGAGGAUGAAUUCUGAUUAGUGGUUUGGUGUGUACAUAGCUAUGAGUCUCCAUCGUGUACUCUAUCCAAAACCAAUAUCUCGGUCCUCUCUACAACCACCCUCUUUUCUCACAUGCCAAUCCAUGU